CUGCGGUGUAACGUUACUGAAAUGGGAGAAAGGAGACGCGGGGAAGAAAAGGGAAGCAAACACGGUGAUUCCUCGGCUCUCUGUGUGUUUAAACAAGGUUUGCAUUCUGACCUGCAAGCCAAUGUAAGUCGUGUUGAGUGACUGCGUGUGAAAGAGGGACCAACACCAUCCUCAUGUCCAAUGGAGGAGGCUUUUACGGACGCACUGAGCGAGUCCGCCAGGCGCCGCCGCCGCACUACGACCAGGUUCCUCCCGGCUCCUUACGCCGAGCAGACUCCUACGACUUCCACGACUUCCAGCCGCCGCUGAGGGAGCAGACGUCGGCCGCUCGCCUCGCCCAAAGCGCCGACCCCCUCCCUCCGCCUCCUCUACCCGACCAGCCGCCCGUCGGACCCGAGUUCGACCCCAGCGGCAGCGAGGGGAACUACGACGAGGACGACCCCGCCAUCGACAUCAAACCGGUCCACCGCUUCAUCCCCGACUCCUGGAAGAACUUUUUUCGGGGGAGUAACCGUAGCAACAAGUGGUCCAUGCCUGGCUCUUCCUCUUAUAAUAACAACAACAGCACCUCCGAGGGGGUCCGCUGCUCCCCUCCUCAGUCUCCGUCCGUCCCCGGAUCCGGAUCGUACCGAGACCCCUAUGGCGGCUCAGGCGGCAGCUACAACUCCCGCAAGGAGCUUCUGGAAGUCCGUGACGCUCAUGAGUCCCUAUCGGGCCGCACCCACCACACGGGUCUGACCUACAGCGAGCGGGUGGAGGAGUACCAGCUGCGUUACGCCUACAUGAAGUCCUGGCCGGGUCUGCUGAGGAUUCUGGGAUGCGCCGAGCUCCUGCUGGGCGCGGCCGUGUUCGCCUGCGUCUGCGCCUACAUCCACAAGGACAACGAGUGGUUCAACAUGUUCGGAUACUCGUCUCCGGGCGGGGCGUACGGGGGAGGGGCGUACGGAGGAGGUUUGUACGGAGGGGGGACGGGAGGAAGCUACUACAGCGGACCCAAGACCCCGUUUGUGCUGGUGGUGGCGGGGCUGGCCUGGCUGGUGACGGUGAUCGUGUUGGUGCUGGGGAUGACGAUGUACUACCGGACCAUCCUGCUGGACUCCACCUGGUGGCCGCUGACUGAGUUUGUGUUGAACUUGUCGCUGGCGGUGCUCUACAUGGCAGCAGCCAUCGUCUACGUGCGGGACACGACUCGCGGAGGCCUCUGCUCGUAUCCCAUCUUCAACAACGGCAUCAACGGAGCGUUCUGCCGCACCGAGGCGGGUCAAACCGCCGCCAUCAUCUUCCUCUUCGUCACCAUGGUGGUCUAUCUGAUCGGAGCCAUCGUUUGCCUCAAGCUGUGGAGGCAUGAAGCCGCACGCAGAUAUCGGGAGCAGUACGGCCCGGAGAUGCAGCCGUCUGAGAUGCGAGCUCUGCACUCGUUGGCUGGCCCCAAAGCUCCAGAGCAGGUCGACGGCUCCUCGGUCGUUCCCAUCCAGUCGGCACCAAAAGCAACAAAAGCAGGACCUCCGAUGGUUUUCCAGGGAGGGAUCCCCUCCGGUCACAUCCCCAAACCCGUUAUUGUGCCUGACUACAUCGCUAAAUACCCGACGAUCCGGACGGACGAGGAGCGGGAUCAGUUCCGAGCCGUGUUCAACGAUCAGUACGCAGAGUACAAAGAGCUCCACUCCGAGGUUCAGGCUACGUCCAAGAGGUUUGACGAGAUGGACGCCAUGAUGCGCGGACUGCCGCAGCACCCGACCACUCAGAUGGAGGCUGAUCGCAUCGGUAAAAUCCUUCAGGACUACCAGAGGAAGAAGAAUGAUCCGACAUUCCUGGAGAAGAAGGAGCGCUGCGAAUACCUGAAGAGCAAACUGUCUCACAUCAAACAGAAGAUCCAAGAAUACGAUAAAGUCAUGGAGUGGAACGACGGCUACAGCUAAACCUCUGCUCUGUCCGUCAAACCCGCUGGACUUAAAAAAUACUAAAACACUAAA